AGAUGGGCAGGGAGGCAUAAAGAGAGGGAGGGAGUAAUAUAAGAGAGGCAGCCAUAGAGGGAGAGGUGACAGAGUAGAUUAUCCUCCUCUCCUCCUCUCUGCCAGCCUCACCAUGUUCAUGCUGCAGAUGUUGACUGUUAUCUCCCUGACUGUUAUCUUCUUGGCAUCUGUAGAAGCUAAAGGCGUGCAGAUGCAGAGGGAUGUCCAGUGUUGCAUGUUGUACUCCCAGGGCAAGGUGCGUACCAAAGAUGUGUUGCGGUUUGAGGUACAGACGGAGGGGCCUGACUGCAGUAUACAAGCCAUCAUUUUUUACACAAAGAAGGCGGUGAAAUGUGCAGACCCCAGGGACCGGAAGGUGAUAAGGUUGAUCAGAAAGCUCCUCCAGAGACAGAAAAGCAAGUCCCGCCAAACCACGUGGCUCCUUCCUCAUAACAACCUUCCCGUCAUGGCGGAGGAUAAGAAAGACAACUGGGCAGCUCUCAGUGUGGAGUGAGGGAGCUCCAACUAGUUUGGAGGAAAACUCGUAGUCAUAAGCCAAGAAAACUUUCAGCAGCUUGUCUUCUUUUCAUGGCGCAAACUGCUGACUCUCCAGUCCUCUCAAGUCUCUCUAUAUCUACACUUUCUGUCUCCCCGGGACCAGACCUGGGCAGCAAUACAUAUUUAAAUGGCUUUAGAUAUUUAAACAUGAACUGCGGUCGAAAUAUGCCAACAUGUUGCUGGAACUGUUUCAACAGAGGAGUGUUGUUUGUAAGAUAAGUUGCAUUGAUAUAUAUAUUUUUUUUCUUAAUGGCUUAUACUGUUAUUUGCCUGAAAGUGUCUCCCUGUGCAACAGCAUAACUUCUCACGGCUGAUGUGAUAUCAGUGAAGCAGAUGUAAUGAAACGAGAAGUGAUUUUAAUAUUGUAUAUCAACAGGAUACUCUAUGCUUGUUUGUGACUUGUAUAUCUUAGACAUGUAUUGACACUUCACACAGUAAGGACAAUGGGAUGUCGUCACAAUGCACGUAGAGUGCAAAGUACUGGGAAACGACUUGUGUUUGAAUCAAAGUUUUCAGAUUUAAUAAUAAAAAAUGUGUCCUUUUUUAGGAUAUAUGUGACUGUUUAUAAAAAUCAAAGUGGGGUGAUAGAGAAGAUUUCUCCUGUAUUCAAGCUUCUACAUCUCAUAAAGAACCAGUUUUCCUAAUACUUUCUCCACUUUGUAUAUUGACUGUUUGUAAACUCUGUGUGAAACCUGAGUCAAUCUUUUAAAAUUACGCAUCUACAAUCUACUUGCAAUCUACAUUUGUCUUUUCUCACCAACAGUUUGUCACUUAACUAUGCCAAAGUAUUCAUGAUUCAAUUCACCAUAUAGCCAGGCUGUUAAAACUUAGAGGGCUGAACUGUGUGUGAAACACACAAGCAUUGUAUUGUAGAAGAAUGCACUAUAUGUUAAAACACAAUAUCUCAAGUAACCUAUUUUAUAAAUGAAUCUGAAAUAAUGA